GUUUAUGCUCGCAUUUCCUCUUCCCAUCUCUCAACAAGUAUUGUAAAAGUAAACACAAAAACAUGGGUGCUUCUCUUUUUCCAUCAGCAGCAAUUGUAGGAGUUUUUCUUUUUGCUAUAAACUUCCUUUGCAUCAUUCCUGAGCUUGCCAUUGCCAAGCAAGAGCCCAUUACAAGGCACUACAAGUUCGAUAUAAGGUUGCAAAAUGUCACGCGAUUGUGCCACACAAAGAGCAUAGUGACAGUUAAUGGGAAGUUUCCAGGGCCUGCUAUCAUUGCUAGAGAGGGUGACAGAGUUGUGGUUGAAGUGGUCAAUCAUGUUAAGAACAAUGUCAGCAUCCAUUGGCAUGGAGUCCGACAAAUUCAGAGUGGAUGGGCAGAUGGACCAGCAUAUAUAACACAAUGUCCCAUUCAAACUGGCCAGACUUAUGUUUACAACUUCACUAUAGUUGGCCAAAGAGGGACUCUCUUCUGGCAUGCUCACAUCUCUUGGCUAAGAGCUACUCUCUAUGGACCCAUUAUCAUCCUCCCCAAGCACAAUGUGUCCUACCCAUUUCCCAAACCUUUUAGGGAAAUCCCCAUGUUGUUUGGUGAGUGGUGGAAUACUGAUACAGAGGCAGUUAUUACCCAGGCUCUACAGACUGGAGCUGGCCCAAAUGUCUCUGAUGCAUUCACCAUUAAUGGACUUCCAGGGCCAUUGUACAAUUGUUCUGCUAAAGAUACAUUCAAGCUGAAGGUGAAGCCAGGGAAAACAUAUCUCCUCCGAUUGAUCAACGCUGACAUGAAUGAUGAUCUCUUUUUCAGUAUAGCAAAUCACACUCUCACCAUUGUUGAAGCUGAUGCAGUUUAUGUUAAGCCUUUCAAAACCAAUAUACUUCUAAUUGCACCAGGACAAACUACCAAUGUUCUCCUGAAAACCAAACACCACCGCCCUAAUGUGACUUUUUUAAUGGCAGCCAGGCCUUAUUUCACUGGCCGCGGCGCUUUUGAUAAUUCCACAACUGCUGGUAUUCUGGAGUAUGAACGGCCAUCAAAUUCUUCUUCUACAAAAUCAAAAAGCCUCCCACUAUCAAAACCAACCUUGCCUGCCAUUAAUGACACUACAUUUGCCGCAAAUUUUAGUAACAAAUUCCACAGUUUGGCCAAUGCUGAAUUCCCUGCUAGAGUCCCUCAAACUGUCCAAAAGCACUUCUUCUUUACAGUAGGCCUUGGAAGCAGCCCAUGCCCCAAGAACCACACCUGCCAAGGGCCUAAUGGCACAAAAUUUGCAGCUACCAUAAACAAUAUCUCCUUUACACUCCCUACAACUGCACUCCUCCAAGCCUAUUUCUUUGGGAAAUCAAAUGGGGUUUACACCACUGAUUUUCCAAGCUCACCUUUGUUCCCAUUCAAUUACACAAGCAAUAAUCCACUAAACAACACCAUGGUCAGCAAUGGUACUAAACUAAUAGUCCUACCAUUCAACACAAGUGUGGAAGUAGUGUUGCAAGACACCAGCAUUCUUGGUGCUGAGAGUCACCCUCUCCAUCUUCAUGGAUAUAACUUCUUUGUUGUAGGACAAGGUUUUGGUAACUUUGAUCCUAACAAGGACCCUGCCAACUUUAAUCUUGUUGAUCCAGUUGAAAGGAACACUAUUGGUGUGCCAUCAGGCGGUUGGGUGGCAAUUCGUUUCCAUGCAGAUAACCCUGGUGUUUGGUUUAUGCACUGUCACUUUGAGGUCCAUUUGAGCUGGGGGUUGAAGAUGGCAUGGAUUGUCCUUGAUGGGAAGCUGCCCAAUCAGAAGCUACCCCCUCCACCAUCAGAUUUUCCCAAGUGUUAACCAUUGACUAUUUUUACAGAUACUGAAGUGAAUGUCUGUUUUGGCAUAAUGUUUUUUAUUUUUUUUCAAAAAUUAUUAUUGUUUUGAUUCUGUUGGUUUGUUUUGUUCUUCACAAAAUUAUGUUAAGGAGCCUGUAAAGAGAAGUAACUCUCUAAUGUGGUUAUGAAAUUACUAUU